GCCAUGCUGGUGGCAGGGCAUGCAUCCGAAGCCAUCGGCAGCUUCGCGAAGCGAACACGAACAAGGCAGCCGCGCCGCAUCCGCCGCACGCCAUCGAGCAGUUUCAUCACUGCCGCAAAGGGCUGCCCCAAUGCUCGCAGCCAUCACCGAUCCAUUGACCGUGGCCCUUGGGGGAGCUAAGCCCCUGCCAGAGACGGCGUCGCAGUGGCAGGGAUGGAGCGUCACGGACCUGAGGACGGACGGAGGAUGGCGCCGGAGCAGCCUCGUUGUAAAUGGAGACGGCCUCGGCGCCGACGAGGUCGCAUUAUCGUACGCGUGCGAGUACGAGGGCCAGGCCACGCAGGGCGCCGCCGUGCGCAGCCGGGCGCAGCUCCUGAGGCUGCACGCGACCUUGGUGCACGACGCUCCUGGUAGCUUGGUCCCGCCGCUAACCCUGGAGAACGAGCAGGGCGUCGACGCGUUUGCCCAGGGAUUGCUGAGGCAUGGACGACUGAGGCGGUGUCGCGCGGCGGUCGCGUUUCUCGUCGAUCUCGAGGGCUUCGAGAAAAUCGCCAGUGAGCUGCUGGAGCUCGGUGAAGAAGUAGCUCCAUUAGGACCUCGAUUGGCCCUCCACGAGGCGACGCGGGACAAGCACGCGAACAUCGACGCCGACGAGACGGCCGCCGUCAUCGCCGACAUCCUGGAGUGGCGCCGGGGCCAGGACGACGCGUUGCUGGAAGCUAAACGGCGCGUCGAGGUCUUGCAGCGCAGCGAAGGCGACCUGUCGGGCGCGUGGCAGGCCGUGCUGCCCUGCGUGGAUAUCAAAUUUCAGCCCCUCCACGCCAUCGACGCGAUCUCUCGACACAGGCGCUGACGGCGACGUUCUGGGCCGGCGAGCAGAAGGUCACGUCGGAGCAAAACCUGAGCGUGCUCGGCGACGCGGCGCAGCGGCGGGCGCAGAUCUGCGCGCAGCAAGCGUUGCAUCAAAGCCCCUGCGAGGAGACCCUGCUUGCUUUGGAUGAUGCGCGGGGCCACCUCAAGAGUGUGGCGCUCGCGGCGCUCGCCGUCGACCGCCUCCGCCGCCGGGGUCUUCUGAUGAGACAGCGGCGGGAGCGGGCCCACGCCUCCUACACGGCGCGCAAGACGAAGCUGGAGGCGGCGGAGCGCGCCGACGAGGCCGCGGCCGAGAUCGAGGUGCCCGAGGACGACGUCCCCGACCCAGAACGCUCAACUUUGUCCCUGGCGCUGUCCGCCGUCGCGUUGCGGGCCCAGGCCCAGUACCAUUCGUUGGGAGCGGCCAUCGAGACGGACCUCAAUGCUGCGCGGAGGGCGGAGGAAGAGGCCUUCAACGCGGACCGCGCCGUGACCGAGGCCCGAAAACGCUUCGCGUCGGAAGUUGCCGCUUUUUUGGACCGGUUCAACGUCGUCCGCGCGGCGGUCCUCGCGCGGCUGCUGGAAGCCUCCGCGGAGCACGCGGAGCGGCGGCGGCGCGCGUCGCAGGAGGUCCUCGACGACUUCCGCGGGUCGAUCGGCGAGCGGUCGCCGCCCGCUUCUCCCUCGAGAAUAGCCGUCGAGGCGCCGUCGCGGCGGGCCGCGGAACGAAGGGCGGCGGCGGGGACCGUGAUGUAAUAGCUUGCUUUGCUUCUUCUACCCCACCCGCACGCCGUCGCCGCGACACGAAAAGAUAAAAC